AUGUCAACCGCCACAACAAACAAAUCACAACCCGCUGAUCCCCUGCUCAUCGCCACGAUAAGUGAAUCGGGAGUACAUAAUUGGACCUGGACCGAUUCCCACCCACUUCUUACAAGGGCAAACCUUCGUUACACCAGUGAUCUUGCCGGCAGUCUUGCAAAGUUCAGCAACUACGUUCGUAAUUCCUAUCGUUCGGUACCCUUAGAAGACAUCAAGGCCGCCGCCUCUCAAGGUGUGGAACUCGCUUGGUAUUCCAUGUUGUUCACUCAAGUUGAAAGUUGGCUAAGUUUGACGCUGAGAACUCACAAGCUAUACAGAGAAUUCUUCGACAGCAAGAACGAAAUUGUCAACGCCGAUUCAGAGGUUGUCAGGAUCACGCGGUACCACGGGUACCUUACCAUGUAG